AUGGAGACUUCAGUGCUGAAUUUGCGGAAUCUGUUUGACCAGCUUGUUUGCCAGGUUGACGUCCUGAGUGAACGGAACGAACACCAAUUUGCCCAGUUAGCAAGGAACUUCGAAGAGUUUCGGAAAAAAUCCCAGAAAACGGAGCAUGAACUUGCCAAGUACAAGGAUCUCCUAAUGAAGACAGAAACGGAACGCAAUGCUUUGGAGGUGAAGCUGAAACACGCUCGCAAUCAAGUGGACGUGGAGAUCAAACGAAGGCAAAAGGCUGAAGUGGACUGCGAGAAGCUGGAGCGUCAAAUGCAGCUGAUUCGAGAUCUGCUCAUGUGUGAUGUAACUGGGAGCAUCCAGCUCAGCGAGGAGCAGAAGUCUGCCCUUGCCUUUCUGAACAGGCCCCAGGUUUCUGCAGGGGGCUCGGGGAGCAAGAGGCUGUCUACAAUUGAUGAAUCUGGCUCAAUUUUGUCAGACAUCAGCUUUGACAAGACUGAUGAGUCACUGGACUGGGAUUCCUCUGUGAUGAAAUCUGUCAGGCUGAAGAAGAGAGAAAAGCGGCGCUCAUCCCGGCAGUUCAUUGAAGGCCCUCCUGGACCUCUGAAGAAAACGCGCUCGAUUGGCUCCACGGUGGACCAGGGAAAUGAGUCCAUAGUGGCAAAGACAACUCUCACUGUCCCCAGCGAUGGUGGCCCAAUUGAAGCUGUCUCCACCAUCCAGACUGUGCCUUACAACCUCAGAAACCAGAGGAAGUCUGACACUUUGCAGCCUUGGAGCAGCAGCUCAAGCUUGGGCAGCAGGCAGCUGCAGCCCAGGUCAGAGAGCGAUGGCCUCAGCACCCCGCAGAGCAACGGGGGAGUGCGGCUGCACGAGUUCGUCUCGAAAACGGUUAUCAAACCAGAGUCAUGCGUUCCCUGUGGAAAGCGGAUCAAGUUUGGAAAACUGUCUCUAAAAUGCAGAGACUGCCGUGUGGUGACUCAUCCGGAGUGUCGUGACCGCUGUCCCCUUCCCUGCAUCCCCAUCCUGACAGGCACUCCCGUCCGAAUCGGGGAGGGGACCUUGAUGGACUUUGUCCCUCCUACUCAUCCAAUGAUCCCUUCCAUCAUAGUGCACUGCGUUAAUGAGAUCGAACAGCGAGGGCUGCGUGAGACCGGCCUGUACCGCGUGUCUGGCUGUGACAAGACGGUGAAGGAGCUGAAGGAGAAUGGAGGGGACUGCUCCAGUUGUGCCUCUGCAGCUGCUUUGAGGUCUACUCUGCCUUUUCUUUCAGAAAUCUCCGAUGAUGACAACAGCAUCGCUGCUAUGUACCAAGCGAUCGGGGAGCUCCCUCAGGCCAACAGGGACACCCUUGCUUUCCUCAUGAUCCAUCUGCAGAGAGUGGCCCAGAGCCCCGAGACCAAAAUGGAUGUGGCCAACUUGGCCAAAGUGUUUGGCCCCACAAUCGUCGCCCAUGCGGUGCCUGACCCCGACCCGCUGACGAUCCUGCAGGACACGAAGCGGCAGCCCAAGGUGGUGGAGCGGCUGCUGCUGCUGCCCCUGGAGUACUGGAGCCAGUUCAUGGUGGCGGAGCAGGAGAACGUCAUCGAGAACACGGCUGCCUUCUCCGCUCCCCAGACGCCCGAUUUCAAAGUGAGCAUCCUGGGGCCCCUCACCACCCCCGAGCAGCAGCUCUCCAAGACGCCCUCGUCCAGCUCCCUGUCCCAGAGGGUCCGCUCGACCUUCGGCAGAACCACCCCUAGAUUUGGGAGCAAAAGCAGCUCCGCCACCCCCCUCGCCCGCCAAGGCCCUUUCUUUGCCUCGCCGGUGCUGAAGUGA